AUGGCCAAUAAAAGUCAUGGACGAUGUUUAGUAUGUGAUGGUGUUGCAAUUGGUUUGAAUUUUGGUGUAUCAACUUGUAUGCCAUGUAAAGCUUUCUUUCGACGCAAUGCAGUUAAACUUGGUACACGAAACUUUGUAUGUCUGGGUGAUGGUGAUUGUUUAGUUUCAUAUAAGCAUGGUCGUUUAUGUAACUGUUGUCGUUUGGCAAAAUGUUUUCGUGUUGGAAUGAAGAAAUCAAUGAUACUUUCAGAUGAAGAAAGAGAAGCUCGAAAUAAACUUGUUGAAAUGAAUCGAUUAAAACGUGGCAAAAUACCUAAACAAGAAUGUGUCGAAUGGAUGAAACCUUCAACAUCGUUAUGUGUAUCAAAAAGAUCAGUACAAUGUCUGUCCUCAUCUGAUCAAGUUGUUCUUGCCAAUAUUUUUAAUGCCUAUGAAAAUACUUGUAUGCGAGCAAAGAAAACUCAAUUCCAAUGUUUUCCAGCUGUUCCACAUACAUCUAUACAUGAAUUUCUUAACGAAUUUUCAUCGUCAUUCCAAAUCUUUCUUGAAUAUUUUAAAAAUAUACCUGAAUUUGAUAGCAUUAUCAUGGAUGAUAAAGUACGUUUAGUAAAAAGUCAUUUCGGUAUUAUGAUUAAUAUGAAUGAACCUCUAAUGCAUCCAAUAACUUCGAAUAAUCUUAUCAUAACAUGGACGAAUGUAUUUGGUAUUAAUUUAACUAAACGUCUUCUAAAACGUACUGGAAUUAUGGAACAAUAUAUUUAUGAUCCUCUUCUAUUAAAAAUUCUUCUCAUUAUUCUUGUAUUAUCAAGUAAUAAUGUUAGACAUCUUAAUCAUGUAGAUAUAAUUGAAAUUUAUGACAAUUCAUUAUCCAUAUAUGCUGCUCAAAACGUCUAUAUUGAACUCUUAUGGAGAUAUAUUCUCUCGCGUUCAGAAACCGAAAAAAAUGCAGUAAAAUUUUACAAUAAAUUAAUAAUGUGCAUAUUAUAUACGCAAAAUCUUGAUAUGGAUAUAGAUAGUUAUGUAACUAGUUUAACACAUGAAAUUCAACAAAUGGAACCUUUAAUGCAAAAUAUGUGGCCAAGAAAUGAUCAAAUAAUAGAUAUUACCGAUGAUGAAAUUAUUGUUUAA